AUGGUCUUGAUCAAACCUGCUGCCCUUUAUGCGGGCGUAGCAACCAUCCUUCCCUUCGUCCAUGCAGCAGCCGAUGUAUCUGCCAAAGCCUUCGACCUGAGCGAGGUGACUCUCACCGAUAGUCGUUGGAUGGACAAUCAGAAUCGAACCUUGACCUAUCUUCUUUCCAUUGAUCCCGAUCGUCUACUCUAUGUCUUCCGCGCCAACCAUGGCCUAGACACCAAGGGCGCCCAGAAGAACGGAGGCUGGGAUGCACCAGAUUUUCCCUUCCGCAGUCACAUCCAAGGCCACUUCCUCACAGCCUGGUCGCAAUGUUACGCCACUCUCCGUAAUGAGGAGUGCGGCUCCAGAGCUACCUACUUUGCCAAAGAACUUGGCAAAUGCCAGGCAAACAACGAGAAGGCCGGCUUCACCGAAGGAUAUCUCUCUGGCUUCCCAGAGUCUGAGAUCACUGCUGUUGAAAAGAGGACUCUGAACAAUGGCAACGUCCCUUACUACGCCAUCCACAAGACCCUUGCUGGACUCCUCGAUGUGCAUCGUCUUGUUGGAGAUGAAGAUGCCAAGGAUGUCAUGCUCGCUCUAGCUGGCUGGGUCGACACACGCACCAAGAAGCUGACCUACGAUCAGAUGCAAGCCAUGAUGCAGACCGAGUUUGGCGGCAUGAAUGAAGUCCUGGCUGACAUUGCCUACUAUACUGGAGACAAGAAAUGGCUUGAGGUCGCUCAGCGCUUCGACCACGCUACCAUUUUCGACCCUCUGGAGAAGGGUCAAGACAAGUUGGCAGGUCUGCACGCCAAUACUCAAGUGCCUAAGUGGAUUGGUGCCAUCCGCGAGUACAAAGUCUCUGGUCUUCAGAAGUACCUCGACAUCGGCCGCAACGCCUGGGACUUGACUGUCUACAAGCACACCUACGCCAUCGGUGGCAACAGCCAGGCCGAACACUUUCGAGCACCUGAUGCCAUCGCCGAGUAUCUCGACAACGACACUUGCGAGGCAUGCAACACCUACAACAUGCUGAAGCUGACACGGGAGCUUUGGGUCAUGGAUCCUAGUGACGCCUCGUUCUUUGACUUUUACGAGAAUGCUCUGAUGAAUCAUCUUUUGGGACAGCAGAACCCCGAGGAUCAUCAUGGACACAUCACGUAUUUCACCCCUCUCAACCCCGGCGGUCGUCGAGGUGUUGGUCCUGCCUGGGGUGGUGGUACAUGGAGCACCGACUACGACUCCUUCUGGUGUUGUCAAGGAUCUGGUAUCGAGACCAACACCAAGUUGAUGGACUCGAUUUACUUCCACGAUGACGAAACACUUUAUGUCAACUUGUUUACUCCUUCGCAACUCGACUGGUCUGAUCGCAAGAUUUCUGUCACUCAGAGCACGGAUUUCCCUGAGAGAGAUACCACCACGUUGAAGGUUGGUAGCCAGGGUGAGAACAACGAGUGGACCAUGGCAAUCCGAAUUCCUUCGUGGACCUCCAAAGCUUCAAUCAAGAUAAACGGCAAAGCAGUCGAAGGUGUUGACAUCGAGUCCGGCAAGUACGCCAUCAUCAAGCGCAAGUGGUCUUCUGGUGAUGCCGUCACGGUGACACUCCCGAUGAGCCUGCGUACAAUCGCUGCCAACGACGAUGCGACCACGGCAGCCAUUGCCUUUGGACCUGUUAUUCUAUCGGCAAAUUAUGGUGACUCAAAGCUUGACGCAGUCCCAGAGAUUGAUCUGGGAACUGUGAAGCGACAGGGCAAGGAGGGGUUGAAGUUUGAAGCCACUGCAGAUGGAGAAACCGUUAGCUUGAGCCCGUUUUACGAUGCUCAGGGGUUCAACUACAACGUGUAUUGGAAGGUCAAGGGCGAGUUGUCUUGA